ACCGCCCUCAAGACGCAAGGCAAUAGUAAAGUACACCCAAGUCCAGGGGCAGCGCGCAGUGUUUGGGCGUUGCCCCUGACUGCCUCAUGUAAUAUGGUAGCUGAAGAGGAUAGUGGUGGUGGUGCUGGAGGAGUUGGUGGUGGUGUCGAUGAGCAUGACAGUAAUUUGUUGUUGUUCGAGGGUUUGGAUGGUGCUAUGGCAAAUUUAGAUGAUAUAUUUGAUGUGAUAAAAAAUGGUGAGGUUAGUGAUGUCGAGGCACUUGUCGAAAAAUUUGGUAUGGAGUGUUUGUCUGCUAGAGAUCGCCACGGUUAUACACCUGCUCAUUGGGUAGCUCUAAAUGGUAAUGUUGAGAUGAUGCGUUAUUUGAUUGAGCGGUCUGCGCCAGUCGAUUUACCUUGUUUGGGCACGCAAGGUCCACGACCUAUACACUGGGCGUGUCGUAAAGGCCAUGCGGCUGUGGUACAAGUUUUAUUGCAAUCGGGUGUAGCUGUUAAUGCAGCUGAUUUUAAAGGACUAACACCAUUAAUGACAGCUUGUAUGUAUGGACGCACUGCAACAGCAGCAUAUUUACUAGGAAUGGGUGCACUCAACCAUCUGACGGAUGUAAAUGGUGAUACCGCUUUACAUUGGGCUGCUUAUAAAGGUCAUGCUGAUUUAAUGCGUUUGUUAAUGUAUUCUGGUGUAGAGUUGCAAAAAACUGAUAACUUUGGUUCCACACCCCUGCAUUUGGCAUGCCUAUCUGGAAAUAUGACUUGUGUACGUUUACUUUGUGAAAAAUCUACCCUAGAUUUGGAGCCACGAGAUAAGAAUGGCAAAACACCAAUCAUGUUAGCACAAGCGCACCAACAUCAAGACGUUGUUCGAUUACUCUACAACGAGGUCAAGAAAAAAUCUCGUUGGAUACCAUCAGUUUCAGAAAUAUGGGGCUGGCUUUUCGGUGGCGCAGGAGAUUCCAAAGGACCGUUAUUGCUUUUUCUAUUUUCGGUGCUACUCUGGGGUUAUCCGAUGUAUAUGAUCCGGGCUAUACCAAUUACCUGGAAUAUAUUACGCCGGUCACACUAUUGCUUUAUAUAUUGGAAUGCCGUCAUGUGGAUAAGUUGGAUUAUUGCCAAUCGACGCGAUCCAGGCUAUAUACCAUUAAGCUCUGAUGCUUAUUAUCGUGCAAUUAAACAGAUACCCUAUUUUGACAAACUUAAGAAACGCAAUGUCAUAUUGACUCGACUUUGUCAUAGUUGCCGCUGUUUGCGACCAUUGCGUGCGAAACAUUGCCGAGUAUGCAACCGUUGCGUAUCGUAUUUUGACCAUCAUUGCCCCUUCAUAUACAAUUGCGUGGGUUUACGAAAUCGUAUGUGGUUCUUUCUAUUUGUACUAUCUGUUGCGGUUAAUUGCUCAUUUACCAUCUACUUUGCUUGUUAUUGUGUUAUGAUUGAGGGUUUCACAUUGCUCUAUGUACUGGGCCUUAUAGAAGCGGUAGUGUUCUGUGGUUUAGGUUGGAUAUUGACUUGUACAUCGAUAUUACAUGCUUGCAUGAAUCUAACAACGAAUGAAAUGUUUAAUUAUAAACGCUACCCAUAUUUACGAGAUAAACGUGGACGAUAUCAAAAUCCAUUUUCGCGUGGCCCUAUAUUAAAUUUACUCGAAUUUUUUGUUUGUUUGCCAGACAGAGGAGAUGAUAAUGAUUUGCUUUUAGAUGAUAAUCUUUGAUUAAGAUCUUAGGAUCGAGCCCAUGCCCGACGGCGUAAAAUACCAAACCGUGAAUAAUAUAAGCAGAGUCCAAAGUAAUGUAUUUCUCCUUUAGCCUUAAUUAAAAACAAUAUCAUGCAAAGCAUUAAAACUUUUUAAAACUUUUCAAAACAUAAUUA